ACAUCCCCUUUCCCUUCUCACUCGAAAAAAGGGCAUAAAAAAGCUCCACACAUCAAAGUUGUCAUCCUCUUGUUCCUCUCAGUUUUAUCAGAUUUUCAGUUAAUCAGUAGAAGUUUUCAAAGGAUGUCGUCAAUUGGAACAUCAAAAGGUGUAUUAGAGAUAGUAAAAUUUGCAGUAUAUGUAUCAGUUCCAAUUGGUCUCAUGUACUUGUUUGCCAACAACAACUCCAAUCUUCAGAAAAUCAUGGGACAUGUAAAUUUCUCCUUUCUUUCCUUUGUCUUUUCAUUUAAACUGUAAAGUUUCAUUCUUUAU